UGAUGAUACUAGGUGCACCAUCUGUUGCGAUGGAAUAGACGGACCGGCAUUCGAGGCGCCUUGUGGCCACUUAUUCGACACGCAGUGCCUGGAGGCGAUGUUUCGGAAGGCGACCGUCGACGAGUCACUCUUCCCUCCCAAGUGCUGCCAGCUCGAGAUCCCGUCGGGCCAAGCGCGAGAGCGCCUUGACAUCGAGCUGAUGCUGCUUUUCGACCGGAAAGCGCUGGAGUUCGGCACGGCGAAUAAGCUGUACUGCUCGGAACCUAGGUGCUCUGCCUUCAUUGGGCCCGCUACCGACGAGGCCUCCUGGUUGGAGUGUCCCGACUGCUCCGCACUGACAUGCGGCUGUUGCAAGUCGGCCGCGCAUCCGGGAACCGCUUGCUCAGAUACCGACGAUCUGAACAACAUGGCGAAGGACAUGCGCGAGAAGCAGGGCUGGCAACGAUGCUUCUCAUGCCAUCACAUGGUAGAGCUCAGUGUUGGCUGCUACCAUAUAAUCUGCGCCUGCAAGGCGCAGUUCUGCUACCUCUGUGGUGCGAAGUGGAAGGAGUGUGGCUGUCCACAGUUCGCUGUGCCCCCAGACAUUAUCUAAUGUAGAGUUCGAUCUUUGUGAGUGGCCUAAUCU